GGUGUUACCCAAUGUCUGUUACCAGUUUACUUCGUAGGAUUUACAAAAGGUAAUUUAGUAUAACCGUGAUUGACACUGACAGUAGACAUCGACAAGCGUGAUAUACAUGCUACGAACAGAACACUGAUACACUUUAACUGUAACCGCGCAGUUUUAGAUAAAGGAGCUAAAAAAAAAAAUUGUAUUACUUCAUCGUAAACCACCGGCCGUUAUCAACCAGUGCCUUCUAUCUGGGAGUUCGUGAAGAAGUGACGACGGUUUCUACACUUUUACAUUUGGUGCCUGGACUGGUCGAUUCAUUGAGUGUCUUUAUGUGACAGUUGCGCUAUUUGCCCGUUUGCUUUUCGAGAUGGCAGAAUUACCACCGCCGCAACAGUUGGUUGAUAUUGACCCGGAUUUCGAGCCGCUCUCCCGCCCCCGGUCAUGCACCUGGCCUCUGCCUCGACCGGAGUUCAUCGAACCCGCCAGCUCGAACACAUCUUCACCGGCGCCUGCAGUCAAGCAGGAGCCUGUCGAAUACGUUAGUAACCUCAGUUUGUUAGAGGAGUCAGAGGACUACCAGGAGGAUGAGAAACGGCUCGUUUUGUGCAAUGAUUUUCAAUGCCAGGAGAAAUGCAUACACCAGCAACAGCAGCAACAUCAUCCACAGCAGUUACAGAAACACCCGGGUACUCUGCUGCCACACCAGCAACAGGUGCCCCCGCUCUCGUCCCCCGUCGGGUCAAAUUCGGUGGCCGCUGCUGCCGCUGCUGCGCAGAGGAAAAGCAGCUCGUCGCGUCGGAACGCGUGGGGGAAUAUGUCCUACGCGGACCUCAUCACCAAGGCGAUAGAGAGCUCACCCGAGAAGCGACUCACCUUGUCUCAGAUCUAUGACUGGAUGGUGAAGAGCGUGCCAUAUUUUAAGGAUAAAGGAGACAGUAAUAGCUCUGCAGGUUGGAAGAACUCCAUCCGCCACAACCUGUCCCUCCACAGUCGUUUUGUUCGUGUGCAGAACGAGGGGACAGGGAAGAGCUCCUGGUGGAUGCUGAACCCCGAGGGAGGGAAGAGCGGGAAGUCCCCCCGACGUAGAGCUGCCUCCAUGGACAACAACAGCAAGUUCACCAAGAGCAGAGGACGGGCUGCAAAGAAGAAGGUGGCUCUCCAGGUGGAUGGGGGUGCAGACAGCCCGGGAGGCUUCCAGUACUCCAAGUGGCUCGGCAGCCCCAACUCCCAUAGCCACAGCAACGACGACUUCGAGGCCUGGACCACCUUCCGGACGCGCACCAGCUCAGACGCCUCCACCCUCUCUGGCCGUCGUUCUCCCUUCUUGGAACAGGAGGUCGACCUAUCAGAGGCCGACAUCCACAUGGGCUACCCCGGAGGAGUAGGGCCUAAGAUGACCUCCAUGGCCACCCUGCCUAGCCUAUCAGAAGUGGGCCUGGUCGACUCCAUGGGUGGUCAUCAUCACGGUCACCGCGGAACAGAGAACGUGAUGGAUAGCCUCCUUGACAACCUCAACCUGCUGUCCCCCAAGAAUCAAACCCAGCUGGGGGUAGGCGGUGGUCCUGGGUCUGGGCCUGACUCCUCCCGGUCCUCUCCCUCCUCCAAGCUUCAGAACAGCCCUUAUAGCUCCCCCUCCAUGACCCCUCACCCCCAGCCCCAACAGCAGGACUAUAGGAAGUGCCACUACGGCCAGGCCGGGCCAGGGAUGAAUAGCCCACAUCUCUCUCCCAUCCCCAUGCAGACGCUGCAAGAGAGCAAGUCGCCAGGGUCCUUCACACCCUUCCUGAGCCAUUACAACUGCCCUGCUGGGCUACUCAAGGAGCUGUUGACCUCUGACGUAGCCGACCCUUGUUGUGGUGUCGAGGCCAUGCCCUCCAUGGAGACUGUAGUGUCCCAGUCUGGGAGAGGAAGAGGAGGGCGGAUGCUUCCCAACUACAGCAGCCAGGUGCAGGUAGGGGGGCACGGGGGGGUGAAGAUAAUGAGUCCCCCACCUCAGCAACACCCACAGCACCCUCAGUCACAUCCUCACCCUCACCCGCGGCCCCUCCACAGCCAGGGCCCUCCCCCCUCUGGGCCCUCCAUGAACAGCUGUGGCCUAAUUCCCCUGACCAGCCUGAACCACGCCGGGGGCCCAGCCCGUCUUGCUAGCCUCAGGACACACAUCCACCAGCUACAGCAGCAGCCACGUGGUGGUGGUGGUCACCCAGCCUCAGGCCACCAAAACCAUAGUCCCCACCACAGCGGAGCUCCUCCACCCAGCUACGGCAGCAGUGCUAAUGGUUAUGUGAGGCCAGGUCCAGGCCACGGCCACAGCUCUGGUCUUCCCCAGGCUCACCAUCACCACCAAUAUCACAACCAUCAUCAGGAGAGGCUGCCUAGUGAUCUAGACGACAUGUCCAUAGAGAGGUUUGAGUGUGACAUGGAGUCUGUUCUUCAUGACACGCUGAUGGACGGAGACUCGCUGGACUUCAACUUUGACCCCAUGGUGACCUCUCAGGGGUUCAGUCAGGGGGUUGGGGUGAAGACCACCACACACAGCUGGGUGUCUGGCUAGGACAAACACCUCUCAGACAGAAUUUUCACCCUUCGACAAUGGCCUUCGUUAAGAGAAUGGAAAGGUCUAAGGAAACCAUUGCCCCUCUCCACAGCACUAUCAUCAGCCCGUCCCAAUUCUCUCACUAUCCAUUGCAGAUCUGUAAGGUGGAAGAAAUAAUGCAUUUUGCGAAGAUCGAAGGGUAAGGGCCAAGGGGAAGGGCUUAGAGAGUGAAUCGGGGCUGGCUGAGACUGUGCUUGUUUGGAGGGAACGUCUCGUCUGAAGUUGUCUUUGUAAAUACAGCAGCGCCCGACUCGGCACAAUGUCAUUCACUUCAACAGAACCUGGAAGAAGCUGGAGCCUAAUUUACAAAAAGCUAUGUUUUGUUGUGAAAUAUAUUUUGUUUUUAUUGUGUUAUUAUCAUUUUGGGGCUCUCACAUGAUGUUUUUGCAAGUGUAUUUCUUUUUUAUGUUCAGUGUCAAAAUCACACAAGAUCAGGGCUAGUUUUAGCUCUUCAAAAACAACUGGAAUGGAGUCUGUUCUACUCUACAUUCAAGUGGGGUCAGUCCUGCCCUUCAGGGUGCUUUUCAACAAGGUUGUCAAAAAGCAUUUGGCAUAUUAUGUAUGAAUAAAAUAUUAGGGAUGUAAAAUAUGCUACAAUUCUUCAAACAUAUGUAAUGUAUACUGUGUGUAUAUUUGUGAAAAGGAAUAUUCUUACAUUUUUAUUAUUCUUACACCUUUCUCUGUGUGCAUUUAAAAUUCCUUUUUCAUUGCCUCUCAUUGCCUUUCAAAUGACCAAUAUGCUAUGUUGAACCAUCUACCCAGGAACCAGGCCAGCAUAGGGAUAGGACAAAUCAGACUAGUUCAGUGAUAAUAUAUGUAUUUUAGUGAUAAAUCAGAGAAGUGCAGCAAGUGGUUACUUAUCUAACAUCUCAGGCUAUUCUUUCCUCAGCUGUUCAUCACUCUUCCCUUCUCUUGCCCUUCACGUCGCUUUCGAGUUACGAUUCCUAAUUCCAUCUACUUUUCCCUAAUCAUCAUCUAUCUGAUUGUGACGAUCACACUCUCCCUGGCCUUCAUUUCAGCUCGCAUCCCUGACUCCCUUUUCUCACUCUCACCGUUUCCCUCCCACUCUCCUACCCUUUUCUAACUCGCCUCUAUUUGUGCCUUAUUACUCUCAAUUCCUCUCUUCAUCUCUCUCGCUCUCGCCCCCUCUUCCUCUCCUUCUCUGUCUGUGGGUGUGAGGGCGCUGUAUGCAUUAGGAGGGCAGUGAUAAUUUGAGAGGCUGAUAAUGGACUCUAGUUUAUCUCACAUAACGGUGCUCAACAGCAGAACACAGGAUUUGAGCUUUUUUCCUCCCUAGCAACCCUCCCUCUCUUCCUCCUUUUUUUGUCACACACCAAAACGUGUAACCUAAAUAGCCUGAUGUUUUAGAGUCAGUGUGCUGAUUCACUGCACCUUUUAUAGUCUAAGGCUUAUGUAAGUAAGUUUUGGAAAGUCAAGGCUUUAUUUGUUACUAGACUUUGCAUUGUAGUUUAUAAUAAUUCCCUGAGUGACCUGUGAGAAUCUGUGUAGUGCUGGAGUAACCUGGUAGAGUCUGUACCUAUAGGUGGUCAUUUGGGACUGAACCUAAAUCAGCUGUCUCAAACUCCAGGCACGGGAUCUACUGUAUAUCAGCCCCACAAGAUGCGUUCUUGUGUUCCCCAGAUGAAUAUCUAAUUUGAGUUUGAGGUCUAAAUGGAUUCCCCUCUUUACCAGGCUCUCCCCCACUUGGCUAUUUACUAAACAUGUUUAAUUAAUGCAAUUUGAGAUGAGUUUAACGCACACUCACACACUCAUACCUCAACUUAUUUUACCUCUCACCAUUCUGUCACAGUACAUGGGGAUUGGGUAUGUAAAAUAUGAUCCAUAACUUUUUUCUUGAUAUACAGUAUGGAUGGACAUGUUAUUGAUGUUACAAUGGACCAUUCACAAACCUUACCAGCUAUAUGUGUACUGAGUGAUAUAAUAUAUUUCUUCUUUCACUUUUUGUUGAUUCCAUUUUUUUCUCUCAAAACAAUAUCCCUUACCUACUUUCAGCAUGUGACCUCACUGUAAAUAAUAAAUUAAUAUGUAGAUUAUUUGACAUUGACAAACAUUUAAGAUAUGGUAUGCAGCACCUACAGAGACCCUAUUGUGAGAGACUGUCUGCAUCCCAAAUGGUACUGUAUUCCCUAUAUAGUGCACAUGGGGUUCUGUUCAAAAGUAGUACACUACAUAGGGAAUAUGGUGCCAUUUGGGACCGACACACUAUGUUAGUUCCAGUUUUCAGAUCAUCAUUCUUGAGAAAAUUAUAUCGUAUAAAAUCUUCUUCUCCUUCUUCUUCUUAUUAUUAGUAUCUUAACUUUUUGUUUUUUGUUACUAUUUGAUUUGAUUUAGAUACUCAACAAAAAAUGAAGUAUUCAGCUAAUAGAUUAUGCAAUGAUUUAAGUGCUCUUUUUGUUUUUGGAAACUGACAUUGUUACUUAGCUGCUGUUUGUAUAAAAAAUCAAAUAACUGAAAGUAGACAUUUUUAAAUUGACUUCGUAAACAACAUAUACACAAAAGAUAACGUGAAUAAAAGUCGGACCAAUUUACGUUUACAAUGUUGCACUUCUAAAGUUUUGUUGUUGCUCAAGUGUUUUGUAUAAUUAGUUUUGACUGUAAAGAUUUGACAGAAAACUGCUUAUCCUCAAACAUAAACAAGUGUUUGGGCCUGUUACAUUUCUUAAUUUAUGUACGGAAAGUCAAAUGUAUUUUGAUAUUUGUCUGAGAUUUGCCAUGAAAGUACAAUGAGAUUUGUUUAUGAAUUACAAAUGAUCUACAGUGGGGUCCGGAAUUAUUGGAUCUCUUAAUAAAGAUAUGUUUCUUUAAUAAUAAUAAUAAGUAUGCUCCAAUUUAGUUUUUAUGGAUGAGGUAUUUUCUGCAUAUGCAUUGUUCUUUCGAAGGCCAAACACAAUGCUCGUGUGGGUGGCCAAAGAGCUCUAUUUUCAUGCCAUAUGACCAUAGCUCCGGUUCCAAUCCAAGUACCAAUGCCGUUUAGCAAACUCCAGGCGGUGCUAUGGUCAGAUGACAUGAGAAUAGAGCUCUUUGGCCACCCACACCAAUGGUGGGUUUGGCCUUUGAAAGAACAGUGCAAAUGCAGAAAAUACCUUGACUCUACUGUAAAAUAUAGUGAUGGAUCUUUGACGUUAUCAGACUAUUUUCCUUCCACUGGUCCAGCGGCCCUUGUUAAGGUCAACGGCAUCAGAAAUUUACCAAGUACCAGGACAAAAACCUUGUUGCCUCUCCUAGGAAGCUGACAUUUCUUUGCAAGUGGAUCAUCUAGCAAGACAAUAACACCAAGCACACAUCAAAAUCAACAAAGAAAUGGUUAAUUGGACACAAAAUUUAUAUUUUUGCAAUGGCCAUCUCAGUCUCUGGACUUGAGAACCCAAUUGAAAACCUGUAGUUUUAAUUGAAGAGGGCAGUCCAUAAGCGCAGACAAAGGAUAUCAAGGAUCUGGAAAGAUUUUGUAUGGCGGAAUGUCCUUCCCAAUGUGUUCACCAAUCUCAUUAUAUAUCUAUUUUUUUUAAGGCUCAGUGUCAUUAUACUUGCAAGGGGAGGGUGCUGGAGUAUUGAAAGCAUGAGAUCCAAUCAUUUUGACCCCUUUCUUUUACAUAAUUUUUUUUAUUAUACACUAUAGCUCAGUAUUUGUACUAUUUAUUUCAUACAGUCUUUUUUGUGCAUCUUUAUCAAGGGAUCCAAUAAUUCCGGACCCCAGAAUAUAUAUUGUAAAAUUGCUCUUGUUUGUUUGAAGUAUAGAGACUUGACCUCUUGGAAACUAUAUCUAUAAUUGUUAACUGCUUAUAUGAUUAUACAGUGCAUUCGGAAAGUAUUCAGACCACUUGACUUUUUCCACACUUUGUUACGUUACAGCCUAAUUCUAAAAUGGAUUAAAUUACUUUUUUUCUUCAUCAAUCUACACCCCAUAAUGACAA